AUCUCUCCAAGCGAAGAUUUUUCCGAUAGAGCAGUGAACAGGUGAAAGUAAAGAACAUUUCGAGAAAAAUUUCUUCAUGGUUUGAUAGCGCUUUUUCUCAGGGCAUAACUGAAAGAUGAACGCGGGUAUCUUCUCGUUUUGGGGAAUUCAUCUCCUUUUUUGUUGUUUUUCAACUCUAUUCUUUGCCGGAAGACCUAUCGCACGUAAGUAUAAAAGCGAUAAUUCUGUUCUUGUAUCUAAGCUUAAUCCUCGAGGGACAUUAGGGAAAUUUUACAUUAAUCCUUGACCGCAAUUUAUCGAAAUAUUACAGCCGCAGAUGCCAUUUCACGCCGGUUUUUAUUGCUAUAACAAUCUAGAAAUUACGAAUUACAGUCAAACAAAAUGCGAAAAAGAUUGCGAUGUAAUAAAUCUUGGUCCGUUGGUGAACGUUAUACUACAGAAGCGAGUUUAAGAUAUUUCAUGGAGUCGACAUUCAGCAUCAAAUCUUAACUAGUUUCUCCAGCUCCAGGAAAAAUUUUUAAAUUCAACAUGAAAUUUUAAUUUUCCGUUAUCCGAAGUCUGAAACAAGAAGAAACCUUUUUGAAUUUCCAUUAUAAAUCCAACAGAUGUUUUUGUUUUACGUGUGAAAAAUAUUUAACUUCUUAACUGACAAGAAAAGGGUGCAUUCUAUGUAUGGCCAGCAUGGAAUCCCGCUUUCGAAAGGCGCUACUUCUGUUCUUAUGAAAUAUCGCAUCUAAAAGAGCACAAGUUUAUAUCGAACUUUAUGAUGUUCCUAGUCGACGCACAGCUUCAAUUUCCGUAGAGAGGGGAAAAUACUGCAUAAUCGCCCGUGACUUAGUAUAAUUUUCUGUUGUUAUACAUUAUUAACGAGUGAUAGGCGAAGAGCCCCUGAUGUGUAAUAUAUUUGAAGCCCGAAGACGCUGAGCUUAUGCGGUGUUCUAAAGGCCAGUUUAAAACUGAAUCCAAAGAUUCAGAAGAUACUAAGAUUUUUAUCUCAUCCAUGCUUUAUGAAGAUAAUGGAGCAAUUUUCAUACAAACAGAGGACUGCCUUGCAACACCUUUAUAAUACAAAGAAUAAAUUGUUGAUUUUAAGUUUUUUUCCAAGCGGAAUCAUAUCAUAUCCACAAAAGUUUCCCUCUGCAUAAUUUUAUGAUGUUAGACCUCGAAAUAAACUGAAAAAGCCAUUUUCUUCUUCUCUAAGCCAGUAUCAUCCGAAAUCUUUGUUGACAGAUCAUAAAUGCGACUGGUUUUGCGAUGUAAAGUUUACAAAAUUGUUAUUAUAAUUUGAACUGGUGAGCUCUCUUCAACACUCAAGACGUUCGUGAAAAUGUCCGGGAUUCAUAGCGACUUUCCUUUCCUGUAAAGCUAUAUCUUUUGUGAGAUAUUUUUGUGCCGUUUAUCUUAGUUAGUAUUAGCGGGAGGCUUUGAAAUGGUUUUCUUUCACAAUCGGUGAUGAACUUCGUCUGAAUGAACUAAGAAGGUUAAGAGUUCAGUAUGUUUAGAACGUUUGUUCAAUAUAACGUUGUACGAAUCUUCUCUGAGCUGAGCUUAGCAGAUAUAACUUGUUCACCACAAAUAUUUGGUUUGGCGCAGCUUUCAUAAAAACAAGUUAAGUUCUAAAAGACGUAGCUUAGGGAUCCUCCGUAUUCAAAAGUAAAUUGAAGUCGGCCGAGCAAUGAACAUGGUGCAAUCAAACUCUGAAAAAAGACUAUUCUUGGACCAAGAUUCAAGGCUAUUCUUGCACCGCUACAACGUUCCGUCAAGAAGAUGGCCGACAUUAUUAAUUUUACCUUGGAAUAAAGAAAAUAGCGUCUUUUUUUCCUGAAGUGAAGAAACAAGAAACUGUUUAAAAGGCGAAAAGGGGAGGAGAGACUUUGCUCUUAAUUAGCAGAUAAAAAUUGUAGACUCUAACUUGAAGAAGAAAGGAUAUUUAUUCCUGACCGAAAUUCUUCCCAGUUGCAGCCGUGCUUCAGCUUGAAAUACAAUAUGAACGAGACAGGGACGAAGAUUUGCAUGCUUAUAUGUUAUUGCUAUGGAGAAAUUUUCCAAAGGGGAUUUUUCAGUAAUUCGCGCGUAAAUUUGAAAUAUUUUCACUUCGUUUGAGGAAGCAUAAACCCAGUAGGUGAAGAUGUCUACACCGAUUGGCAAAACUUUGUUUCAAAGAUGAAUAAACGUAAUCGGCUCUCUUGACAAAAUGUCCCUCGAUGAAGGAGGAUGCAGUUCACGUAGGAGAAGUUAUCUUUAAAGGUUUGGCAAUUGAUUUAAUUCCGAAAAGGAUUUCAAACAAACACUUUUAGUAUAAAACAGUUUCCGCUGCAUUUUUUUCUAUGGUGUCAGAGAUGCUUUACCCUGGCUAUUGGUCGACUGCCAAUUUAGGUUGCCAUAAAAAUGUAAGAAGUAAGCCAAAAAGGUCUCUUUUUCUUUAUGGCUUCCAUUGGAUGUCAAGGACAGCACACGAAAUAAUUAUCAAAAAGCUGGUUUUUCUUUUCUUCUCUUUUCUUCUUACGUCAAGAAGCAUUUUUUAAUUAUGAACUCAACAGAGUCUUUUGUUUCAUAGAUGCAGCUUGCAGCAACGGCUUCGGAGAAGAUUGCGAUGAAGAUAUGCAUCAUAUUGUCAGACGGGCCAUAUCAUAUGUAAAUAAUAAUAAUUCUAACAAUAAUGAUAAUAAUAAUAAUGAUAGUAACUAUAGUAAUAACGAAGAAUUUCUAUUGCGCCACAUCUAUUAGCUCAUGGCGUCUGAAUGUAUUUGAAUAAGAAGGUGUUCACUGAUACAAAUACAAGUUUGUAAUAAACGUUCCUUCUAAGUGUAGUUGGCAUUAAUCAAGUAAAAAUCGGGAAGUAUCAAUAAAUGCACAAGUUAAACGAUCUACACUGAGAUAGUCCAGAAUUAAGACGUUCAAAAUAAAUUAUGAAAUAAAAAUGAUUAAUCUAAAUCGGGAGACAAAUGAUGAACUUUUCAUUUACCAACAAUCCUGUUUUUCAGCCUUCGACGGUGUCCAAGUCACUCAGAGUGGAAUUAAGCCCGGUGGUCCAUAACAUCACCUACUACAACAUUGGCGACAAGAUUCAGUUCACCCUUAAUCUGACUCACAACCAAUCAGCAUCCGCUGACUUAGUAAGGCAACUUAAAGUCGUUCUUUGGUCCCAGUUUCUUGAACCUGAGCAAGGCUCUCUGGUCGGAGCUGUCAACGGAGUUGGGUACAAUUCAAGUGCAAUUUCAUUCGAUAUUGCAGACUUGGCAAGUGCAGCCGCGGCGUACGUCGCUUUCAACGCUACUGUUAAAAGCUCGAUUCAGCCUUUGGCAAAUCUCUACUUUUCUGUGUUGGUCACAGGUAAUGAUGGCAGUGGUAGUAAUUACCACUAUGGCCCUGCUUCCUCUCAACCAACCCUAUAUGCUGUUUUUCCGACGGUGUCGCUGUCCAGGAUUGACUAUUCGUGUAAGUAUCACUGGUUAUCACUUCCCUUAGAGAUUCGCGAAUUGACGGUGCGAGAUGGCCUAUUUAAUUUAACAAUUAUUCACAGAAGUGGAGAUGAAUAACUUUCACCGACACUGAGGUGAAUAAUUGUUUUGGUUCAUGCCACACAGAAACAAACCAAAAAAUAGCUUAUUUCUGUCAAAAUACAGAAAAAUAGUCAGAAAUUAAACUUAAGAAGUUUGAUUUUGUCUUUUUUACGGCUGUCGGAACUGAAUAGUACUUGUUAAUCACCGAUCACUUCCUAGCCAGCCGAUUAGCGUACGUAAAGAGCACCAUUAAGUUGGCAUAAACUCUGUUGCAAACAAAAACGUUGAUUCUAAAAAGCAUACGCAACGAACAGUGGGACCCAACCGCUUUAUGGGUACACAUGUACAUGAUAACCAAGAUGCAUGUGGUAAAUGAUCGAAAUCAUCCACAGUUUUAAAAAGGAAAGAAUUAUCUUGAAAAAAGAUUUUCACGAAUAAUGAAAAAGUAAAGCAUUGAUUAUGUACCUGUGCUAAGUCCGUAGGGUCUCUUUGUUCAUGGAUCAUGCUUUAUAGUUGUUAACAGUUUUGCAAUCGAGUGUAUCCUAAAUAAAGAUAUUCAUUUUGCUCUGGUGUUGUUUUAAAAUAUAUCCUCAGAUCUUUAAUAACAUACAUUUAACUGAUUGAUUUAAUGUAAUUACUACUCAGCAUUGGUGUGAAUCUCCAGAUUUGUGGCACAACACAUCUCAAAGUUUUGCCCAUUUAUUCGUCUUGAACAUGAAUUAAUGUAAUUUUCUCUCCAAUAUCACCUACAGACCUAUAGGUAGAUAGUUGUAAUAUUUUCUUUUGAAAUGACUUGCAGACUUGUGGGUGGGCAACACGACAGGUUAUAGCAUGACCAUCACCAUGCCCAACUUGGACUUCUCCCUGCUCGUUGAGAUUACAACCAACAUCAACGACUUCUCUUUCAUGGAACUGCACAAUGUAAUGGUCAAGAGAGUGGGAACCAACAUAAAACCUGAUCAGCCCCCUACAGCUUCGUAUGACUCCAGCGAGGAAGUACCUUUCAACGAUCGCGCUGUUCUGGAUUUUGGUAACUUAACUGUAAGUGAAAAAUAUUUUCUGUAAGAUAAACAUCUUUUGCCUCAAGGUCAGUGAAUGUUACUCAAUAAUCCCCUCAACUUCGUCACAAGUAUUAUUCAACAAUAUUCACGGAACCUGAGGCGAACAAUUGCUAAAAUAACAUACAUAGCUGGAGAAUUUCAUGUCUGAAAUUUUGUUUCAAAUACCAACUACAUUCAAUAAAAAGUUUAAAUUUUCUACUCACUCAAAAAGCUUUAAUUAGAGACAUUUAGCACCAGGGUUUUCGCAUUAACGGCAAACCUGAAAAGGCAGUUUCAGGUUAGGCGUUUGGCGUUUGACGUUUAUGGCUUUUACCGCUUUAGCUACACCUCUCCAACCUCAAGCAAAUUUACGCCAUAUUGAAUUUCCAGACAACAGCAGUGUUUGAUUUUCAAAUGGCAACAAGAAGUCCUAUUUUCACUCAUUCGCUAAAAAAUAUAUCUAAACUUGUUCUAAAAAGACUGGUUUACAAAACUUUCUGAUUUGUGCGUGGCAUAAAAACAAAUUCAGGAUAAAAAACGUUCAGGUAAAUCACUUACGUGAAAACCUACCUCUUGACUUGAUCACGUGACCUCCACCGGUUUGUCGUUCGAGGUUUCCGCUGAAAACCCUAGUGCUAAAUGUCACUAUUGGUUUAAGCUCUCCCUAUACGCGCGAUUUCCCAUACUCUAAUUAGGUCCACGAGAACAGUGAGGUAAUAAGGGAUGAAUUUUUCUAACUUUUUACCUAAAAACCUCGAUUGAACCUUUAAACCAGUGACGAUCGUGCGUUUUCAGCUUGUGCUCCAACAAUAUUUUUUUUUUAAACAUCUUUCUCGAAGUAGCGCUUAUGUACAUCUUCUGUUUAGAGAAAAUUGUCAUCGAGAGUGGCGAAAUAUACAUUAUGAAAGUACUCACAACGGCUAAUCAGACCCAAGAGAAAAAACCGAAGGAGCUAAUGAGAACUCCGGGGGGUGAAGAAGAAAUUUUGAAUGAUCAAGUCGUAAUUAAUUCUACUUUUGCAUUUAAUUGGUUAAGAAGGCAGCACAAUUUUUUUUCACGACAAGCCGCAAAGCGUAUUAAAACAAAACCACUGUAGCUUAGGAUUACGUUUGAAACUGUGUUGAACUUCGCUGUACUUAUUUUCUCUCUGAAGGUCACCGGGAACGAUGAGUCCGAGAAAAAAAUUGUCAUAGAUUUCAAUGUGACCAUCAAAGAUCAUCCUAAACUGGCCAAUAACUCAAAACACUGGGUAGGUGCAGGCAUGCGCAGUGGAUAUCAGAUGCUGUGGGUUGGACAAGAGGCACUGUUUGUGUACAAGGUGUGUCAGUUCAAAAUGCAUUUUUUCAUAAUAGUUCGUCAUAUGUAUGCGUUAUUGACCAAGCGUGAGGUAAAGAUGGCUGGGUAUUGGAAGAGUUCUUUUUUCUCUCUCCUUUUUUGAGUUUUUAUGGACCAAAAAUUUAAGUGGAUUCUUUUUAGCACAGUUUGUCUAUCGGAACACAGGAUUCGCUUCAUCUUGCCCACGGGUGCUGCCAGCUAUAUAACAAUAUCCCGUAUAUACCCUAUCUGUCAUAUAUGAUAUUAGUUGGUGAAGGGAUAUCUCGACGAGUGGCUACUUUAUCUUUUUUGACAAAAUACAAGAUAAAUAUUUUCCUAACCAACUCGAGGAGUUUUAAAUACUAGUGUUUCUUAUCCCUUUGUAACUUAUAACGAGCAGCAUGAGCCAUCGUUAACUGCCGAAUUCACAACCGUCAACGACACUGCCAGCAAUCGAUACCUGAUCGGAGACAAAGUGUCCGUUACCUGGGUUGUAAAACACAUGGAAAACACGUCUUAUGAAGACGCCAAAAACGUGCGAAUAUCAUUCUAUUCCAACACUCUCAAAAUUCUGCGAGGUGUUUACAACGAGUCAGGCAACGCGAACAAACCCUUGAAUAUAAGAGAUGAUUUUCAUUCGGAUGAAUCCUCCGUCCCGAAUCUUCCACAAGGUAUGUAAAAAAAAAAAAUAAGGUUGAGUUUAGUCGACUGUUACAAUGUUUCAGAACCACAGUUUGUUGAUAGAAUAUACAGAUUUAGCCAAGCCUAGAAACGGAGAUCUUGUUAGCUUAAUUUUCAGCCCUUCACUAUGAUAAGAAGUUUAAUAGCACUGGCUGUCGAAAGUGUUUAUUCAAGGGGAUUAAGGGACCAGUCUGAGGGGAUGAGGGGGGAAAGGGGGAAAAUUGACGGGGUCUGGAACCGAGGAACGAUGUUCUCAAAACUUGCAAAGUGAUCAACACGCAUGCAAGUCAACAAUAUUUUCAAGCAGCUAAUCAUGAGGACCUUUGUUAUUGUUCCCGAUAUUUUGAGCAAAUUUUCAGAGAUAGGGAACGUUUUCUUCUUCAGAUGUAGUGUAUGAUGUCAGCAUCAGUUGAACGAUGAUUAUAUUUCAUUGAGCGCGAAUGAUAAUUUCGGUUUGAGAAAAGUAGCCAAAAUUUAAAGAAACGACGCUUAACAAGUUGGGGUUAUGACAUCACCGGUCGAUUCAAGAGAACACACCUGAGAACAGUGAGUCAGUAAAACAAUACGCCAGAAUGGCGUGGGCUUCUCUUGUUUCUUCUCUUGAAGUUGCUAGGUAUGACUGCUACACCGUUUUUCAUUAACGUUUCAACUCCCUCUGAUGGGCGGAGAAAAUUAGAAAGAAAAGUCUUUCCAUCUCGUGUUUAAACCUCUGACUGGAAAGACACGGCGUCUUUUUGAGUAUCUUUUUGUGUUAUUUAAUUCGGUAACCUCUGUUGUAACUGCAUCUAAUGUAGAUGUCUUUAAGUCACCUGUCCGUGACCUUAGUAACUCUAGCUACUGAAAGACGAAACUUGUCUAACAUGUCUCUUGCGCUGCGAAAGUUUAUAAUUUAGAGGAAGACAAGCUAGAAAUCAAUUCCAAAUAUCAACCAAGCUUUCUCUUAAGUUUGAAAGUUGAGUUGAUGUUGUCAUUGGGUAUAUUAAAGAGGUUGAAAAGUCUAAGAUGGUUUUAUUUCAUGUAUGCGAAAGAUUGAAUUUACUGGAAGGUGGAAUUGUUGCAACACGUCAACAUGAAACUCAACAAUAAAUUUUAUAGAUUUGUAAACAGUUUUCAUUUGACUAUCUUCUGGCAAGUCUUUGAAUUAUAUUUCAACCCAACCAUUUUCCACAACUUGUGAACACAGUCCUCGCAUGACGGCCCAUGAUAACAAGGAAUUUGCAUAAUUAUAGUAUUUGUUCUUGACUUGUAGUGUUGAUAGAUUUUCAUUCUUUCUUAUUACGCCCAAUCUUUUAGGCCAGGAGAUUACUGGAAAACUUGAUCUAGAAGUCAGUGACAAAAUCUCUCCUCUGGAGACCCUAGACAUUUUCAUGCAGCUUAAAUACCAGAACACGAGAGGAGAUGAGAAGCUCAAUACCAGUCACCAGCCUUCCCCGCCUUACGUGGCCGGGGUUCCAGGAUUCUCAUUGAAACUCAGCGGCUCAUCCAAUCAGAUACGCAUAGGUGGCCGCGCCAAAUUUAAUUUCAGCAUCUUGAUGCGAAAAAUGAAGUCCACUUUGAAAGUAGAGGUAAAUGAACUCUUAAAUAAAGCUGUAAAUGCGAGGAAUAAUUCUUUGCCACCUUAAUUUUGUAAGAAGCAAUGACCUUCAGCUUUCUGACCACAUUCAAUAGAGGAUUAAGAAUAGAUUCUAACAAGAAUUCACGUUCUUCAUGUUACAGGUUAGUGCUAAAUAUUAGCAUUAGGAGACUGUAUUGUACAAGAGUGGAUUCAGUGAUUGACAGAAGUCACUCUUACUUUUUUUUUUCUUGGAAACACGGGCUUCUCCUUCUUUCUAAUUAAAGACGUGAAUGGAUACAGAUGGGGGGUAAAAAAUACAACCUUUAAAAUAGCUGUUAAACAGCAUUCUAUCCACUAGGGAAUCUGGAACAUCCAAAAACAUAAUUAAACAAAUACAUAAACCAUUCACUUAUGACCACGCACAAACCCACUGGGAUAAAGUUAUACCUACCUUACAUUUAUGCGUUUCUGUAGCGCAUCAAAAAAUUGGUUUGUGGAACUAAGGGAAGGAAGUAUAUGUAAUUCUCUAUUGAGCGGGUAAGAGACAGGGUAGAUUAGGUUUAAAAGCGGUUCUCCCUAUUAAGCCCAGCUCGUGCUUUCUAGCCUUAAGUAGUCAGCAUUUUCUUUCGCUUGAGGAAAGCUAAUGACAAGGUAUUGUUGGCCCAAGACACACUUCAUCAGUCGCAAUUCUCUACUGCAACGCUAAGCGAAUCUCUUUCACUGUUGCAGGUCAUUCUUCCUGUGAACGGGACCUCAAUCAUGUCAUUGGUCUCGCUUGAAGUCAAAAGUGUGGGGAAAAAUAUCGUCAACAACAGCGGCAUUGACUUUAGCAGCGUAAAGGCAACCCUCAACUCAACUGUUGGAGACACAAAACUUCACGACCGUGGUUCGAUUGAUUUCGGUGAGGUCGUGAAUAUUUAUGGAGACUCGGACGCUCCCGAAAACAAGAUCGAGAUUGAGUUUGAAAUCGUUGUGAACGACCACGCCAACGUGACAAAUGGCUCCAAGCACUGGGUGGGGGUUGGGGUGAGGGGUGGCAAACGCAUGAUGUGGAUUGGUGAUGUGGCGCUCAUUGCUGACGUCCCCCAAGACAGGAGACCAAUCUUACAGAUUGAAGCUUCUUGCUUUUUGCAAGAUUCAAAGUUGGCUUGCAAAGAUUCGACCACUUUGAGUAACAGGUAAUUAAAAUGACUGAUUUCGGAGAUAAAAAUUUUUUAACGUCUUUAUGGAGUAUGUAGCUUUUUGUCCAUUGUUGCUUGCAUAAUGCGCUAAAAAUUUAUUAUCCAACAGCACAAAGGAGAGUAAAAAUAAUGCGCGCAUAAGGUACGCAUAUACUGCGAUAUUAUACAUUUGGUUAUUUUGUACUGUAGAAAAACCUGUUUCACCGGGCGGCUGCGCGCACUACACUUCUCUAUCCGUUUUGCUUUCCCGCCUUAUGAGAAAUGAGGGGAAUCACUUAGCAGAAAAAAAGCAGGAGGAUAAUAAAAUAACUUAUUAGAAUUUUUGGUGUGUAGUAUUGCUUAGUGAUUACACUCUUUGUUUGUAUUUUGUUCCCGAACGGCACAACUCGUAACAAUACUCAGCGAUACUGCAUAUCAGAACGUCUGAUAAGAUAUAUUCCGUACGGUCCCCCGCGCGCUUUUAUUGAAAAGAAUCGAACAAACGCCUCCGAGAAGAGCCCUACUUCCCUUGUGCAGCCCCACGAUAUGAGGGCUGAAAGAGGAAAGGAAGAGUGGUAGUUGUAAGAUGAAAUGCUGCUUGACUGAGUCAGAUCGCUGCGCUCGGUCCGGCGCCGUAACUCAUGACCUCGAGCCAAAAUAUUUUCUCGUCUGGCCCUUCAGUCUCACUCAAUAAGUACACUGUAUUUAAGUUCAACUUGCUUCGUAGGUAAGUGUCCACCUACGCCCAGGUUGAUCUGAUAACGAAGGUGUACAUAAUCUUUAGACCCACCCAGCUCUAAGAUUGUUAUGGGGAAUUUUAUCAAGCUUCUUAUUGUUAGCAAGUUUUUAAAUCUAACUUAGUUUAACAAGAAAGUCAAAGCUAUUCAGACUAUUCACAUGAAUUCUUGAGAUGUUCUCGUUUCUAUCUCAUACUGUAUCUUCUAAAAUGAAAAUCUACCUUUUCACCUAUAUCAAACGCUCUUUGUGACUUCGAAGAGAAAAUCAAACCCUGGUCCAUAUUGACUUUAAAUGUAACAGACUUAUGGAUCGACAAUAUGAUUCAAAAUUUCUGAAUUCCUUUCAGCUCUAAAGUUUAUUUCAAUGGAACAGUGUCUCAUCACGAAGACUCUCAGCAAUAUGCAGAAAAUGUUAAUGUGUUUUGGAUGCUGCCACCUUAUGUUACCUAUUCUGAUGCGAAUUACGACCCUGGAAUUAAUUACAUCAAGACUGAGCAAGGACCCAAGUUUAGCGUAAGUAGCAAGAUAGAUAAAAUAAUUGAACAAAAUAGGAUGCCACAAAAGUGCGAAAAAAAAAUCAAAAUAAUGAAGGGAAAGGCGGACGAACAGACAGACAGAUUGACACAGACCGGCCGACAGACAGACAGACAGACAAACGAACUGAUAUACAGACUGAUGGCCGGACGGACAAACAGACACACGUGCAGACCGACGGAUACACGGAUAAACCGAACGAAAGACCUACGCACACUUAGAUGGACGGAAUUAUGGAAAGAAUAACAGACUGACAGAAGGACCAAAUAAAUAAGAUAAUCAAGAACCCAGCGCACUGAAAAACCGAGACGGCGAGCCGACCAACCUGCAAAGAAAAGACAAAUCAAUGAGCAGGGGAGUCGUUUGUUGACUGAAAGAACGAACAAUCGACAGGACUGACAUAAAAGAUUUUCGAGAUAUGCAAAACCUCUGCUUUUAGAGCGAGAGAGGCUUUUGGUGUUAAUGUUAUGGAAAAAUCGUUUGCGUUACACUUUACAAACGACUUAUUCAUGACAUUUGCACCACAAACGAGCCCACAGUAUAACCUGACACUACUGACGGGAUCGAAACUGACCAAUCACGACUGACUUACGCAGAUUGACUCUUAUAGCCAAUAGUAUCACGGCUAAACUGACCAAUCAGAUUACACGAACCGCACUUAUGAUACUUUACAAACGACAACUCCUCACUCGACUCUUAUAAUAACUCUCGCUCAGGUUGUCAAAGUGUCAGGCACUUAACCGACAAUGGUGCUUCUUAGAAGCAACCCCCGGACGAUCAGAUUACACGUUCAUAUUCUGCCCACGGGUUAAAACUUAUUCUCAUAAGAGGGGUUUUGGACUUGGCCUCGUCCUGUAAAUGAGUUUAGACGUGAACGAACGGACAAACAAAUAGAACACAAUCUAUAUACGCUUGUCAGAUCCCUGCCCCCCUCUGCCUUGAAACUGUCCAAUAGAUUACUACGUAUUUUAACGCACCUCGAUCUGUUUCUUCCCGGUAAUCCCAAUGAGUAUCUGCCAAUGUUGAAGGUCAUUGAUUGCUUCGCAUGCUCUGUGUCUAGUUCCUGGACAAGAAAUUGCAUUUCUUGGACCGUUUGUCGUUCUCAGUCCAAGGGACGCUGGAUCCAAAAGGAAUAAUGCCCCCGGGUGAAAAUUACGCUGUGUCGCCGAUACAGCUGACAUACAGCCCCUACAGUCUGUCGGCGGUGUACGGUGCUCCACCCGUACCAGUCUCUUUUAAGUUCAAAUCAUCAGGUAAGACAGUAAUAGGAUCUACUUGGUAUAAAACCUCACAUGUAUUUUCACCAUACCUAGUCCGCGCGGUUUCCUCUUAAUCAAUUCGGUGUUUCUGAUUUAAAAAACAUCCUGCGACCCGAGUCAAAAAUGUAAAAUUUAAUGGUUUAAACACUUCACUUCAUGGAAUAUGUACUUACUGAAACUGAAAUAUGGGGUAAUAUUCCCCAAAUAAUAUCUUUUAAUAUGCAAAGCUUGCGUCCAGUGUGAUGAGUUUUUCAUUAAAAGUCGAUAAAAUUUGAGAGUGCGUUUCGCUUUUCUAGAAGAAGACGAGGCAAAAAUUAUUUUUCCUAAAAGUCAUUCUGAAAAGACGGCGGCUGUUUUCGCUUUCUGCGCACUUCAAGGGAUAGUAAACAUUAGAGCCUCCAUACAGCUUGAAAAGAUGCUCAUAUACUUUUCCUGUAUAUCUGCUCUACGAAGCUCACAAGUUCCUUUGCUGUCGGAAUACUGUUCGCUUUUGUCAGAGGAUCAAUUAUCUGAGGAUAUAUAUUUCCGCGCCUGAUGGAAUCUAUCGCUUGCGUGAUCACUUUCACUCCACGGAUACAAUCGAAUUUGAUAGUCAGUUUAAAUUUCGUUUUCUUCUUUUCAGGUGAAAGUUCUCCGGAACAGACCCUUCCAGCCCUAGAAGGUGCGUCUCCUUUCUUUUGCGCAAAAUAAAAAAAAACGGUAUCUGAACAACUGAAUUGCGAUUUCAAAUCGGAUGUAUUAAGUAGUUAUCGAAUUUCGUGUCGUGCGAUUUUGGUCUGAUCAUACUUGUGAUUUCAAAUCACGCAUAUGAUUUCAGAGUAAAUUACACCCCAGUAAGUUCAAUUACCAUCGUUUGCCCUUUUCAUUUUAGAGAUUUAUACCAGAGGAUUUCUUGUUGAUGUAACUAAUGAUAUCUUAUACGUGUGCCAGAAAUCAAACGAGAGGUCAGUGCUGUCUGUUAUAAAUACAUUUUCUUUACAAGUUUAAGAUUUCAGUCUAACUCCAGUUUGCCCUUGAUGAAAAGGCUGUUUCUUAUCUUUUUGAUCAACCACAGACUAGAAACGACUUAAUUAGUUAAACAUCUCCUGGCCAUCGAAAGACAUCCUGUGACUAGCUAAUCCGAAUCCGUUUACUUUAUUGCCGUUUUUUUAGAUAAAUCUUCGGCAUCAGAUUUCACAGCUUUCAAUUAAGAAAGCUUUGGGGUCAGCAUGUGGAAAAAACGUUAACACAGCUAUGAUGCCCUCUAAAUUAUUUCCCUCUCAAGCGAUACAUCCUGUGAAAAUACCUCUUCCUCCAAGAUUUAUCCUCUCGCUAUGUAAAUUCCUAAAUAUAAGUCACUCGUCCGUUGAUACCCCAUCAGAUGAAAACAAAAAUUGUAUGUGCCUACCCUUCACAAAAAAAUACCAGGAAAACACUUACAGACUCUCAGGUUUUACUCGCCGGAAGAGAACUUUUAUUUCACAAGGUGAAACUUCAUUAAAAACCCGUUUUAUACAAUCCAUACGUGUCAAUACGAGUCGUCUGAGCUUUCCAGUUAUCUCCUUUCCUACUUUAGGUUACAGUCAAGUUGCUUCUCAACAGCCGACCAAGGUUUAUCCUGGACUGGUAAAGUAGAUACGCUUCAAUUUCCUUUACAUAAAGUUCUAGUAAAGAAAGAGAGAGAUUAAGAGGUCGUUUAGUUAUGAAUUUAGAGUUGUUCCAUUUAUUAUUCCAAAGAUUAAAGAAAGACCAAGAUCAACAAAAGCCUUAUCAAAAGGAUAAUUAACAUCAUAGUGAACCAAUGGAACUUUAGAUCAAACAAGCAGACAAGUUGGAGGGCAAGAACGCAAGACAGACGAUGUUGCAACUUCAAGUUUUAGUUUCGGGUCUGCUUGGAUGAGAGUAUGGCGUCAUAGUAUUCUUAAGCUACCACUGAAACUCCGGAUUGUAGGCAUUACUCGAUCAUGAUGUUAGUCCAUUAGAGUGGAAGUGUGUGAAUCGCUAAAAUUGCAACUAUACGGUUCCACUCUUUGUGGUGCUUGGGGCUUUGAUUAAAGCCUCUUGGGGCAUCCAUUCUCUUUUUCUCUAUUUCCUCUUUCUUCCUCUUUCUUCCUAUUUUAUUUUUUUCUUAUAAUGUUACUACACGGGUAAUGUCAUAUUUUGUUAUUUGUCUGAAAGAGAAACUUAGCGAAGCCAGGUUCCUUGACUCGUUCUUUUGACUUGCACUAUUCAUUAAUUUUGUCCAAAUUGUUUUCUUUCCAUUUAUCUAUCUAGCUAUGGACCAACAAGUAGGAUAUGUCAUUGGUCAGGUUGGAAACGACUUGUAUGGCAUUGCGCGCAACAACCGGGCGUACAUGCGCAAACGAGGCAAAGAAGGAGCCUGGUACGGAAUAGAAGAAGAUGUUUGGAAGAGCGCUAAGAACGAUAAACAUUUGGUGGAGAAGAAGGCCAUUGAGGAAAAUCAUACCAACACUGGCGAUCCUGAAUCUGACUUCAUAAAGGGAAACUGGGGAGGUAAUUUUUGUGCUUCCACAAUCGCAAUAUUUUAGUUUGAAAUACACCAGUGGCAAGGGUUCCAGAUCGAGUAAACCGAGCUUAAGUUGAGUCCAUUGCGCACAGUAAGCCCCUAAGUAAUGAGCAGUGUCCCCAAGGCACUUCAUCCAUGCAAAGCAUGUGACGAUAACGCAUAUUAGAUGCAUAUCACGGUGACGAUGACGAUGUCGAUGUUGAAGACGAAACCUUCGUGUUCGUGUUGUUCAAAUUUAUAUUCUUUAUGAAAAAAUGACGUUCCAAGAAGAAUUAAUUAAAGAAGGGGACUCAUCCUAAUCAGCUGCAAUUCUUAACUUAAGAGGGAACUUAAAAUUUCCUCUAAGAAAUCGCCUAUGUGUCUCAAUAUCUUCAGUUGUUUAAGUACAUCACUUGACUACAAGGAAAAUUCCAGUAUGCGGAUAACCCUUUACUUUUACGUGUUAGUUAAACGAAUUCGUUGAUUAACUUUUCAUCCCUUUCUUAGUUUAUCUGAGUUUUUACAGCAUUGAACCAUUGACCCCAAAGAGUGAAUAGCAUCUGAUUUCUCCUUACAAUGUCAUCCCUGUGUCACACAUUAAGGUCAGGAGAAUGAAGGAAAUUAUCACCAACUAAACAAGCUCUUCGAUUUUUAAUCACAAAAUUCUCCUGGUUAGCACGUUAGGAAAUGUGUACUGAUCUUAAGGUGUAAAGGGUUAGGUGACCAGGAGAACUACCACUGCUUUAGAAUGGGGUUCUGGUGAACUGUAGGGUACAGUAUAGCAAUAUAAUUUCGUUCUGACAUCCCGACAUCUUUUCAGCGCCCAUCUUGGACGGAAGGAGGAACUUGCCCUUUUUUUUCUUUAAGAACAUGACACAAUGACACCGCCAGGGCUACACCAGGAUGAUUGACAGGACCCUAUAUUUUUCAUUCCAGUAAACCUCUUUCUUUUAUUCAUUCUAUAUUUUAGGAAACGCUAAAGGAGUGUUGUUAAAAGUUAGUAGCAGCUGGCAGUUGAAGGCUCAAUGGAAAUGCUGUGGAAAAUAAUCCAACUUUACUUCUCUUGGUAAAAGCUGCAGAUCUUGACAUCUAAAUGAUGAUUAAAUAUUUGGUAGAGAAUAUUCGUUCCAGCCCUGUAUCAUAGUCUGUUUGAGAGGCAUUUGCACAGAAAAAUCGCCUCUUCCUUUUCCACACUCGGUUAGCGGUACGUUUGAUACCAUUUAGGUAGACUCAUUUAUUCACACUCAAGUAACGGCAAAUGGCGCUACAUGGAAGUUU